GAUGGCGGCGGCGGCGAGGAGGACGAAGGAGGAAGCUUGCUUGAACCCGUACUGAGGUCUCCUUGUUGCGUGUUGGGAGCGGCACACGUGAAAGAGAUUCUUGCCAUGUGUGUUCAAAGAAAAUGGGUGUUAAUGCAUCGGCCUACCCUUACCCAUCAUGUCAGACAGCUGGGGUGAAAACGUCUUCUUCAAAUGGAAUCCGUGAGUCACCUUCGCAAUCUCCGUUCCGAUGUCAGUUGGAGGGGAAGCUGUGCGUGUCCGGAGCCGGUCAGGAGAAACGGGCUGGAGAGAAGAAGAGAAGCUCGAACCUGUUGUUGCUGAAGAAGAAGCUUUUCCGCCGUCGGAAAUCCACCAAGUCGGCUGAUCAUGCCAAGCACAUGCGUGAUCUGCUGUGCAGCUGGGAUGUCCGUGAUGUGAGCUUGCUGGUCAAACAGUACGAAGCCGCUCUGAGCAUCAAGGAGUUGGCCAGGCAGGCCUGCGUUGCCAGGCCGGAGGCCAGCCGCAUCCACCAAGACCUGGCCAAACUUUACCAGUUCAGGUACUGUACGGACGUCGACCUGAUCUUUCAGGGGACCUGCUUCCCGGUCCAUCGGGCCAUCCUGGCCGCCCGCUGCCCCUUCUUCAGGACUCUCCUCUCCUCGAGCCUGGAGCGGGCCGAGCUGGUGAUGGACAUUGGCACGGUGGGCAUCGACGUGCCCAUCCUCUCCUCCCUCCUGCAUUACCUGUACAGCGGGGAGUUCCGGGUGCGGGACGCGCACGUCAAGAACAUCGACGUGCUGGUGAGGCUGAGCGAGGAGUUCGGCAUGCCCAACGCCCUCCAUUUUGACAUCCACGGACUCCUCCAGAGCUCCUGCUACUGCGACGCAGCCCUCAGCUUCACCAGCAGCCCGGACUGGGCGGCAGAGCCCUGGGAGGGGCGAGGUCACGAUCCCGAGUUCCGCUGCCACAAAGCCAUCCUGUGCGCCCGCUCGCCCUUCUUCCGCAACCUCCUCCGCAAGCGGCUGCGGGGGUCCGCGGACGGGGCGCAAGCCCCCAUCCGCAUCGUCCUGAACGAGGCCAUCAUCCCAAAGCGCUACGCCAAGGUGAUCCUGCACUGCAUGUACACGGACCUGGUGGACCUGGCCCUGCUCCUGCCUUUCAGCCCCUCGUCCGGGAGCCUGCGGGAAGCACAGGGCGACGCCGGGAAAGGCGGAGGCGGUGGCGAGACCCGCCUGGAGAACGCCAUGGAGCUCUACCACAUCGCCCUCUUCAUCGAGUUCGACAUGAUGGCCCAAGCCUGUGAAGACCUGAUUGCGGAGAGCGUGCGGUUGGACACAUUGAUCUGCAUCCUGCGCUGGAGUUCCCAGCCCUACGGCUCCAAGUGGGUUCGGCGGCAGGUUGUGCACUUCUUGUGCGAGGAAUUCAGCAGCGUGGUGGCUUCGGACAUUCUCUUCGAGCUCAGUCAGGAACACCUGGUCGAAGCCAUCCGCUCCGAUUACCUGCAGGCCAGUGAAAACGAUAUCCUGAAGGCGGUCAUUAAAUGGGCCGAGCACCAACUUGCAAAGCGUCUGUCGGAUGAAGAGCCCAACGUGCUGAGCGGCACGGCUCACAGCGUGACCAAGCGCGGGGUGAAGAAACGCGACCUGGACGCGGGACAGUUGCGGGAGAUCAUCGCCGAGCUGGUGCCUCACAUUCGCAUCGCUCACGUCCUCCCGGCCAAGAGCGAGGUCCUGGCUGAUUCGAUGAAGAGGGGGCUGAUCAGUUCGCCACCGGCCGACAUGCUUCCCACUCCGGAGAGCAGGAAAUCCCGCGUCUGGUUUUGUCUGAAGGCUUCGGGGAUCGGGGCCAAACCACGUCUCUUCACACCAUACAUCGAGGAAGCCAAGGCUGUGCUGGACGAUCUGAUGUCGGAGCAGACGAGUUUGGACAAGGUGCGAGUGAGUCGGAUAUCGAGCGUUCCCGACACGCUCUACAUGGUGGAUUCGGCCAUCACCGACUUCCCCCGCCUGAGCGCAGGCUCCCCGCACAGCUUCGAGGAGCGAGUGCCUGUCUCUCUCCGCGACGAGAUCCCCAUCCCCCCGAUUGAGGAGGUGAGAGCAAUGUUUGCUCGGGUAAAGGACCUGAGGCACAGCGAUCAAGUGCAGAGAUCGUACACCUUAAACCUCGGGGCUGGAGCCACCAUCACCCACAUCAUCCAGCUACGAGUGGUGAGAGAGUUCGGCCUUCCCGACUCAGCUACAGAACUGCUGAAGUAUCCCGUCGUCUAUUUUCCGAACGAGCAUUUGGCCGCCGAUAGCCCAGUCUUCACCAGGAGACAACCGAGCUCUCGACGAGCCACUCCGGUCAAGGAGACCGAAGUCCUGACCCUGGACCCGUUCCGUAACUUCAGCCCCCCUCUCCCUCCGCCUCCCCCGCCCUACCACCCCCCUCCCACGCCCAGGAGAGAGCGCACACAGACCAGCGAGAGGAAGCUGGAAGGCCAGGCUCCGGCCUGCUGCGUGUUGCACUCUCACCUGCAGCUUCAGCCUUGCCCGAGGACAUCUGAGCGGGUCCUACAGGCCACCAUCCGGAUUCCUAAGGAGAGUCGAAUGGCGUCCAAGGACCAGACAACUAGUGCCAAAGCCCCGGUGAAGGAACUGAUGCCGGACGUCGCCAUGGCGGGAGCCCCCUCCGGCCCGCGCGACGGAGACGCCAGCGAGGGCGUGCGAGCCGACCUCAGCCGGGAGCCGGAGAUCCAGAACUCGCUGCUGAACUGGAAGGGUCCGGAUCUGAUCGUGUUCGGGGAGUUGGUGUUGGAGGGGGCGUUUCGGGUCCAAAGAGCCAAAAAGGAACGCACUCUAUUCCUCUUCGAAAAGAUGCUCCUGAUCACCAAGAAGAGAGCCGAGCAGUUCACGUACAACACCCACAUCUUCUGCUGUAACCUGACGCUGUCCGAGAGCCUGAAGGAGCCCCUGAGUUUCCGAGUGACGGACCUAACGAUUCCCAAACAUCAGCACACACUGCAGACCAAGAACCAAGAGGAGAAGCGGCUGUGGAUCCAUUACCUGAAGCGAUUGAUCAUCGAGAACCAUCCGGCCUCCAUUCCUCAGAAGGCCAGACAAGUCCUGUUGGAAAACCAUUCCCAAUACCCGCCAGAGAUCAAGUUCAGCCCCGAGACCCUCUCUCCUCGCGCGGACGGCUCCCAAAGUUACCAGAGAGGGAGACGGCAAUCAGAGCCGCCCGAGUUCAUCUACACCCCCGAGAGAGGCCGGAAAAUCUUCCCCGUGUUGAACGCGGAAAAUUCGGGAACCUAUCGUCGAGGGAGGAGGCAGUCGGAGCCGUCCAAACAGAUCCAAACCGUGUUCGAACGGAACGCCGCGCAGUUGCAGCACACAGGGAGUGAGGAUGACCUGCUCUCCAACAUGGACGCCUUGAGCCUGUUGGGCAGUGCCAGCACCCUGGGGUCCGGCCUGGCGGAGCUGGAGGCCGGAGGGGAGAGGGGGUCGACGGAGGAGGAGGGGGGCACGACCAGCCGGACCGCGGGCAAGGACCGCGAGCAGGUCCGAGCCCCGGAGAGAGCCGAUCCGGGCGAGGAACCGGACUUCGCUGGGAUCGGAAGCAUCGACCUCGAGAUGGAACAGAUAUUCGCAGACAUGGAACGGCUCCAGAAGAAGACCUCGGAGGACCUGGAGGCCAUCAUCGAAGAGAAGUUGUGCCAAAGCCAAGCUGUGGACGGGGUUGACUCCAUUUUGGACGGAUCGGAGGGCGCGGAGGGCGCGGUUUCUCGCCGGUCGCUGGGGGACGCGUUGCUUCUCGGGAGCUGCCUGUGCGACGUCAAGUCCUCCGAGGAGAGGCUCCUCCGGAGCCGGGAGGAGCCCAAGAAGAACCUGGACCGGGCCGAGACGAGUGACCGCAGAACCAGCCGCGGUGGUGAGACGCGGUCGAGUGAGAACCUCGGCUGCUCUGCCAACGGAUCACCGCCGAGGAGCGAGGAGAAAGAUGGCGGCCAGCAGAUGGCGGAGGAGAGAGGUGGGAGGAAGAGGAGGAGCUCAAGUCUUCUCCCUCUCCUCCUCCUCCUCCUCCACCCCCUCCCAUGUCGACGGAGAAGCGAGCGGAGAGGAAGGACGUGACGCCCAGGACCGAGACCGACCGCCUGCUCAUCGAGAAGAUCAAGAACUAUUACGAGGCGGUGGAGACGGG